CGUGAGCAUAAUUAUUUACACUAGUAUUCUAAAACAACCAACAAGCUUCCGCCCAUUAUCCCAAAAAGAGAACGAAUCCGCGCCGGCGAUCCUGUCUCUGGUUAACAGCUUGCCUGCCAUGGUGGGAGUUCCUGGCCGCUCCAAGGCAUGCAUCACAUGCCGGAAGCGAAGAAAAGGGUGCGACCUCGAGAGACCCGCGUGCUCCCAGUGUCGAAAGGCCGGGCUGCAGUGCGAAGGCUACAGCGCACCGCGCGUCUUCGUCAUCAGCACCCCAGAACGGCGGCGCGCAGGAUACAGCGCGCGACGCGACUCCCCUUCGAGGCCGGACGCGGACCAUGCUACCGAAGCCACCACCACCACCACCGUGACGAACCUCCGCCUGCUGGCGAGGCCCGAGGAGGAGAGGAGGUGCAUAGACCUCUUCUGGGAAGCCUACUUCCCGGCGGGGCAGCCGAUCCCGAGGGCGGCCUCGCGGAGCUACGUGUGCGCGUGGACCGAGACGGCCCGGCGCUUCUACCGCGACGACGACUCGCUCCGCCACGCGCUGUGGGCCAACUGCCUGCUCACGACCGGCCGCCGCCACGGCGCCGCCUGGAUGCUGCGCGAGGGCUCCGGGGCGUACGGCAAGGCCCUCGGCGACCUGAGGCGCUCGCUGCAGGCCUCGUCGCACCGCGUCCGCGUGGACGUGCCCAUCGCCACCAUCAAACUGCUCGCCAUGUUUGAGGCUUUUUCGCAGCAGGGAGGCAGCGAGCCCAAGGCCGAAGACGCCCAGCAACACUGGCAGCGUCAUUACGCCGGCGAGCUUGCCUUGUUCAUCGCCAGGACCCCGGUGGCCCAUGUCGACGGUGAAUUGCACGACGUCUUUGCCGACGAGCGAGUGGACAUGGCCCUGUCGGCAGUGCUGAGACGGGAACGGCUUGUCCUGAGCACGCCCGAGUGGAAGACCAUCCCGUGGCAGGCAAUCCCUAAGGACUACAAGGACAUCCUGGUGGACGCCCUGGUCGACAUCCCCGGGCUCGUCGAGGACUUCGACAAGAUGCGACUGUGCGCCGAGGAGCCCCGGCGAUCCCAUCUGCGGCUCGAGCUCGUCCGCAAGUGCCGGAUCCUCGACCGGCAGCUCCAGACCUGGGUCGGCCUGCUGACGCGGCUCGGAGCCAAGGUCGAGGAGCACUCGUGCCUGGACCCGACCGGCAAGGACCUCGUCACCCACGUCGCCCAGGUCCACGGCAUGAGCCUGUACUGGGCCGCCUCCCUCGUCCUCUACACCAUCCUCCGGCUGGUCUCCGGGCCGCGUGCCCGCCUGCCCGAGCACGCGGACCCGGCCGAGCACGCGCGCAACCUCGUCGCCGCCGUCGCCAUCCUGCUCGAGCCGAGCUCCCGGCUCUACGGCCAGCAGAACGCCGCCCUCCCGCUCGAGAUCGCAUGGCAGUACGCCAACGCCCUGCGGUCCGUCUCCCCGGACAGCGAGGCGCUCCUCGGCACCAUCCGGGCGCUCCGGCGCCGUCUGCACACCGGAGCGGCGGCCCCGGUCAGCGAUGGCGCCCCUAUACCCGCCUCGACGUCCGGAUAGGCGAGUUUGUCUCAAAGAGAAGAACGGGCAGGGGUAUGCAAUCUACCGUGAUAUGUACUUACUGUGCUGGUCAUCGCAGUGAGAUGUGAAAAUCACAGCCCAAUGGAGGUUGGUUGGGACGGGGGGUUCCUAUUCUCACCCCAACUCCGAUUUGGUGCUUCUCAACGCCAAAC